AGAGUAGGGCUAUAAAUGUGAGAUUUCCUUGUUGGUGGGCUUAUACAUGUGAGGGAGGAUUAGAUGUUGGGUGUUCCCAUUUAAAGAUAGAAGAGAGUAGAGUGAGGAGCCAUGGUGUAAAAUUAAGGAGUAAUGGAAGAACAAGUCAAUACUACUACUCCAUUAGCUGUCACUCAUCUCCUUCAACACACCUUGAGAAGCUUAUGCGUUCAUGAUAACUCUCAAUGGGUUUAUGCUGUCUUUUGGAGGAUCUUGCCUAGAAAUUAUCCCCCACCCAACAUUGUGUAUUUAUUUCUCUCUAAUAGAUGGGAUAGCCAAGGAGGAGCUUAUGACAGGUCAAGAGGAAACAGAAGGAACUGGAUAUUGGUUUGGGAAGAUGGGUUUUGCAAUUUUGCAGCCUCAACAGCAGCAGAGAUCACAACGGGCUGCGGGGGAGAUUGUCCUCCUGGCUCCUCCUCAGUUGAUGGAAACUGUGAAUAUCAACACUACCAAGGUCUCCAACCAGAGCUCUUCUUCAAGAUGUCUCAUGAAAUCUAUAACUACGGCGAAGGUUUGAUUGGAAAAGUAGCAGCAGAUCACGGUCAUAAAUGGAUAUAUAAGGAACCAAAUGAUCAAGAGAUCAAUUUCUUCUCUGCUUGGCAAAACUCAGCCGACUCACAUCCUAGGACAUGGGAGGCCCAGUUCCAGUCUGGAAUAAAGACUAUAGCCUUGAUUGCAGUUAGAGAAGGUGUUGUUCAGUUAGGAGCUGUUCACAAGGUGAUUGAGGACUUGAGCUAUGUAGUGUUGCUAAGAAAGAACUUCAGCUACAUUGAAAGCAUCCCAGGUGUGCUAUUGCCACACCCAUCAUCGUCGUCAUCACCAUCAUCAUCAACAUUCUCAUCCCCCUUCAAGAUUGAUGGGUCGUACUCGUAUGGUACACCUGAGCAUCAAGCAUGGCACUUCCAAGGCAAUCUUGCACCACCACCACCGCCAGUGGAAUUCUAUGAUCACUUCAAUCAACCAAUGAGAAUCACUCCCUCCAUGAGCAGCCUUGAAGCUCUCCUCUCAAAACUCCCAUCUGUCAUCAUGCCACCACCACCAUCGCCGCUAACGCCUGCCAUCUACUGCGAGGCUGAGCCGGCACCAUAUCUAUCAUCAUCAAACAGGCCUAAUCCUUUGGAGCUGAUGGGAAUGGAGAAAGUGGCAAAGCAAGAGAUUGAUGAUGAUGACCAUGAGGAGAAAUAUAGGCAUGAGAAGGAUCUUGUGGGUGAGAGUAGUAGUUCCAUGUCAUCUUACCCUCCUCAUCAUCAUCAACAACACCAAUAUUUUAAUUAUCAUCAUCAUGAUAUGAAUGUAAGUAGCAGAGAAAACAACAGUGGAUUUUAGGAAUCAAAUGGUUUUGAUUUCUAACAUUGUAGGUUUUAGUAAGUCUUUGGUUAAGUGGUGGUUGUUGUUACUUGGAUUUUGGUGGUUAUGGAAGCCAAUUGAAACCUAGCUUAUAAAAAUAUUCCGCUUUCUUUAGUUUAUAAA